UUCGCGAGAGUUGGCGACGUGGGAGGGGGGGGGGGAGUCGCGGUGCACGCCGGGAGCUCUCUCUCUUCCCCCCUCUCGCCAUCUUGAGGCAGCAGCAUUAGCGGCUCCGUGGUGCGGACGGAUACUUGACGCUCACUGAAAAUGUCCGCCAAAAAGACGAAAAAGGCGAUCGAGUCCAUCAACUCGCGACUCCAGCUGGUGAUGAAGAGUGGCAAAUAUUGCCUGGGCUACAGACAGACACUCAAGAUGAUCCGGCAAGGCAAGGCCAAGCUGGUGCUGCUCGCCAACAACUGCCCGGCACUGAGGAAGUCCGAGAUUGAGUACUACGCCAUGCUGGCCAAGACGGGCGUCCACCACUACAGCGGCAACAACAUCGAGAUGGGCACGGCGUGCGGAAAGUACUACCGCGUGUGUACGCUCGCCAUCAUCGACCCCGGUGACUCGGACAUCAUCCGCUCCAUGCCGGAGCAGCAGCAGCCGCAGCCCGGGGACAAGUGAAGCGGCGGGGGUCCCACAGCGCCCCCCCCACACCACCAAUAAAGCCCCCCCAUCGAGUCCCGUG